AUGAAAGUUCAAGAUACUUUUGUCAUUGGUCUGGACUUCGGCACCGAUUCAGCACGGGCCGUUCUUGUUCGCACAAGCGAUGGAAAGGAGUGCGCAACCGCCGUGGAGGCGUAUAAGCGUUGGAGCAGUGGUUUGUACUGUGAUCCAUCUAUGAACCUGUAUCGUCAGCAUCCCCUGGAUUAUGUAGAGGCCUUUGAAGCAACUAUUUCGAGGGUUUUGGCACAAGGACCAAGUGAUGUGAAAAAUAGAGUCGUAGGGCUGGCAUUUGACACCACAGGCAGCACUCCGUGCUUUGUUGACGAAAGAGGUGCCCCUCUGGCUUUUCAGAAGCAAUUUGCCAAAAACCCGAACGCCAUGUUUAUUCUCUGGAAAGACCACACAUCUGUAAAGGAAGCGAAGGAGAUUACUGAGUUUUGCAAGAAGGCCCCAGUUGACUACACAAUUUAUUCAGGUGGUACCUACUCGUCGGAGUGGUACUGGUCCAAGGCGCUCCAUGUCCUUCGCCAUGACGAGGCUGUCCUCGAGAAGGGCUACGCUUUGCUUGAGCUCAGUGAGUGGCUUCCCGCAUUCGUGACGGGCGCGACAUCAUUUGCGGAGGUGCCACGGAGUCGCUGCUCGUGCGGUCACAAAGGAAUGUGGAACGAGGAAUGGGGUGGGUUCCCCCCUAGCGAGUUCUUUUCUCAACUUCACCCAGCCCUGGGUGCUAUACGCUCCAGAAUGACGGCGUCUACCUCUACAGCGGAGAAGGCCGUUGGCCAGCUAUGCCCUGAGUGGGCCCGCCGCUUGGGACUUACGAGUACGGUCGUUGUUUCUGGUGGGGCGAUUGAUUGCCACAUGGGUGCUGUUGGUGCUGGUAUCAAGGAGUACUCUUUCGUCCGCGUCAUGGGCACCUCUACAUGUGAUGUUAUGGUGGUGUCUCACCAGGAUAUCAACAAGCGUCAGAUAAAGGGCAUUUGUGGUCAAGUUGACGGGUCUGUGAUUCCUGGAAUGGUUGGACUGGAGGCCGGGCAGGCGGCGUAUGGUGAUUUGUUCGCCUGGCUUGCGUCACUCUUAUCAUUUCCAUUGAAAACGGUGAUUCAAAAUUCCACUUCCAUUACUGAAAAGGAUAAAAAAACACUUUGGAAGGAGUACAAACAAAAAAUUCUCCCUAUACUAAACGAAAAGGCUGAGAACAUCAAACCGGCUGUGGGCAAUGUGAUUGCCGUGGAGUGGUUUAAUGGGAGGAGAACACCUGACGCAAAUUUAUUCUUGAAGGGCACCAUUGGUGGACUCAAUUUGGGAACUGAUGCACCCCACAUUUUCCGUGCCUUGGUGGAAGCGGCAGCAUACGGAUCGCGGGCUAUUAUUGAGCGAUUUCGGGAUGAGGGUGUCCGUAUUGACCGUGUUAUUGCGGUUGGGGGAAUUGCAAAGAAAUCCCCGCUAGUCAUGCAAACACUCAGUGACGUUCUCAAUAUGCCUAUAGGUGUUUGUCGCACCAAACAGGCCUGCGCUUUGGGUGCGGCGAUGUUUGCUGCAACAGCAGCAGGAGUGUACAGGACAGUUGGAGAGGCUCAAGAAAAAAUGGGCGGUGGCUUUGAGACGGAGUACAAGCCAAAUCCAUCUAGGGCCGCAGUCUACGAUAUUCUGUAUGCACGCUACAAGCAGCUUUGUCGCUCCACUGAGGCCGAGUGUAUGUCGCACCUGUGA